UAUAGGCAGCCCUCUUUCACGGGCUUUUUCUAGCACUAUCAACCACAUAAUUCAAAGAGAGCUGGCCUAGCUAAAUACUGACACAGAGUGGAAUUUGAUGGCUUUGGCAGGUUCAAUUCACUGAUGGAGGAGCCUCUGGUACUGUAAGGGAAUUUAUUUCAUUCACACACCUUCCUUCUAACUCAACCCCCACCAUAUCUUUAUCUCUUUCUUUAUCAGACAAGAUUAUAUAACAAAAAAAAGAACUGCCACUUGUAGUCCCGAGCAACAAAUUAGGCAAAGAAAACACGCCAUGGAUUGUUUUGUCGGCAAGAAAAAGAGCGACCAGUGUGAGAAAGGCCUAAGAGGGCUGACAGAGAAGGUAAGGCUUUUCCAAGAGGAAAUGAAAGCUAUGAUGUACGAGAGAGAGAAAGAGACGAGAGCUUAUGAGAUAGACAUGAUGGUUUUCGCAUUUAAAGAGGCAGAGUGGAAGCAAGAGAGGAAGAAGCUCAAAGAGGAACUAAAGAGAUUGAGAAAGGCAGUGGAAGAGAAAGAUGAGAGGAUCAGGGUAAUGGAGGAUAGGUCAGUAGGAGAGAGAAGUGAGAAAAAUGGAGAAUUCUUGGGGACUCCUAGCUUCCUGGUGGAGCAAAUGAGGGAGGAGAGAGUGUGGCGCGACGAGGCCGUGGAUAAGUGGAAGAAGCUUUACCUUGCCAUCAAGGACGAGCUUGAUGAUCUCAUUCAGAGGACUCACCGUGAAGAUGGAUUGUACCGGAGAGCAGAGGAAGAGAUGAUUGAGGAGCUAAAGAUGGAAGUGAAGGCCAAGGAGGGGUGCAUUAAGGAGCUGAAAGCACGAUUAGUUUUUGUGGAGAACGAAGAAUACAGCAGGGCAAGAGAGGUCGAUAUUCUGCGGCAAAGCUUGAAGAUCAUGAGCAGUAGGAAGGCAUCCAGCUUCUCUCGCAAACCCAAUUCAGCACUUUUGAAACAGGCUAGAAAAGCAUAACUAGCUUUGCUAGUAAAAACAUAUAGUCGAUAAUUGAAAGAUUGUGUAAUCUUAUUAAGUCAACCCAAGCAAAGACCGACCAAACUUUGCAUUA